AGUUUUUGUAACUUUUAUAUCUAUCAACUAAAUGUCCAAUAUGAGAAGCUGUUUAGUUUUUAUGUGACAUUAUGAUUUCAAGAUAUACGAUGGACCCACAACGUUUUACACGCCGAGAUUAAUAAUAUGAAAAUACACUACCUUACAUGCCAUUUAACAAUUAUUAGGCUGUAACACGAGUUUGCUACUAGCCUCUAUAUAUGAUUAUGAUUCAACUUCUACUAGUGGUUGCAUUUUGUCGAUUUAGCUUUAGUUUAUAUUUUGCUACCUGGACUUGUUUUUUCUUUUGUCAUCAUUAUGCUAUGUCGUAUUUGAAGUUAGAUUCGAUCUCUCUGUACAUAUACACUAGCUGCGCUGCGUGAUGUACAACAUGUAUAUAUAAAAAUUACAAAUGAUGUGUAGAUAUACGGCAACGUAUGACAAUUUUUGGACAUGCCACGUAUCGGAGUGCAUGUGGUGAUGAAAUAGAGUAGAUCUGUGGAAGCAAGUCAGUAGUAAUAUCCAAAUAAAAAAGUACAGAAGUAGAAAGAUCUAAAUGAUCUCUCGCAGGAAAUCUCGAUCUCUUGUCCUUGCUUUUAUUUACUUUUUGUUUUUGUCAACCUUUCUUUUUUACUCCAUUCUUUUCUCUUGGUAAUUGUAAACUUCUUAUUUUGGUUUAUAGACAUUGACACGUUUUUGGUUUGGUUUAGGUACAAAGGGAGGUAUGGACACAGAGAGAUGUAUUAGGAUAAGCCGAUGUUAUUUGUGAGGCCAUGAGACCAUACAAUCACAAUCAAACAAUCUGUAGCAUUUAUAAUACAUCAAUUACGCACGAUGUUGAAGUUUCGGUGGUCCAUCAUCUAUACGUUUGUUUGAUUCGGCCAAACCAAGCCGUCUAAAAUUCAACUAAAUUAGAUUCUGGUUCUUAAGUGGACACUGGAUGAGGAAAUAAAAACAAGUGAUCUGGAUGGAAGUCUGAACUCUAAAACAGUCCUAUAAAAUUAAAAUGCAUUAUAAUAAAAAUCAACUCAGAUGAUUGUACAAUGAAAUCAUAGUUUAAUCAAAUUCAGAGUAGAUCUUGUUUCAUUUGGUUACAUAUUUCCUAUAAAUGGAAAAUAUCACUAACCAAAGAGGACAAGAAAAAAUAAGAUUAAAAAAGACUCCUGGAUUUAUAACACUUUUGUAAAUCGAUCAGGGGUUAUAUACUCUCAAGAAAAAUAUUAUAAUAUAUUCAUAUUCAUUAUAAUGAAAUUCAUACAUCUUGAGUUGGAGGAAAUAUUCUCGCAUAUAUUUUCAAGGUAUGCAUGAACCAUUAUGGCCGUACACUAAAGCAGUGAUAACAAAGAGUAUAUAUCGUAGGCAUAAGAAUCAGUGAAUCACUAUGACAUGUGGGUUACAAAGAAAACAAACCUAAUUGAUAAGAAUGAUUUUUUAUUUUAUUUUUGGCAAAUCCAUAUAGUCGAUCAAAUCUACAUAGGAUUCCAGAAUAUUUCUGUUUUUUUAAUCUAAAUAACAUAAAUGAUUAGCAUUCACCACCGUUUUAGCAUUUUAUAUCUUGUAAUGUACAAUGUAGACAAAGAAAGCAAGUGAAACGUAACGUGCAUGGCCUCCAAAUCAUGAACUCAUUCAUGUAUUCUUUUGUUAUUUAAUCUUAUACACUAAUAUAUUUAGAUUUAGGCAGCAAUAAAUUAUCAAAUGCCAUAAAAUUCCAAAGACUAUACCAAUCGACACCAAAAGUAAAGAUAAGGAGCAUCAUGGCUCUCCCUUGGAUGGUUUAUGAAACUUCAUACUCAAUUGUCUCCCUGUUAUCAAAAUGAAGGAAUGUAAAUAUCAUACAAAUUAAAGUUGACAUAGAUUAAUUGCAUCAUUUAUCUAACCAAGAAAAUUAUCAUAAUAGGUUGCUGAUGAUAGUAGUUGUUACUUUUUAUUAUUAGAGAGGCCGCCUGAGUCCUGACCGGACCAGCAAACCAGCAGUCACAUGCGGGACCAAGAUUUAUUUAUAAUUACGAAAGACAUAAUUGGUACUUUCUUAAUCUACUUAUAGUUUUUUUUUAACAAGGCUUUUGUUAGAUUUCAAGGAAAUUAGGAAGCGUUGACGAUGUUUGGAUGUCAGUUCACUGCAUAUUGAAAAUAUUAUCUAUAUAUAUUAGUAUAAAAAUGUAAUCAUAAGAAUUAUUAUUAUUAUAUUAAUAAAUUAUGAAUAAUCCGGAAAAUAGUUUUAUUGGAAUCCAAUGCUUUGAGCUAGUUAACAAAAAAAAAACUAAUAAUAAUAACAAACAAUGUUGUCCUAAAGGUCCAAAAUAGCUAAGAUGGGUCGGUUCUCCAUUAGAGAAUCACUUUCAAGCAAGUGGAUGAAAACAUUAAUGUGAAGUUAACUAGCCACACAUUAUGUUCUAGAUGUGUGAUCAUACUAUCAUCUUGAUUGAUCUAAUUGCACAUAGCAUUAUCAGCAUGAAACAUAUAUACAGAAAAAUCUAGUAGAAAAAAAAAUAGCUUGGAAGACUCAUGCAAGAGUAAACUAAACAUACAAGUCAUCCACAUUGAAAUGGCUUCAAGCGAACAUGCACUUACGUAUUUGAAAACUGUAGAAGAGUAAUCACUGCCUACAGGGGGUUAGAGUAAUCUCUAGCUCGUGGGUCUCGCUAGGCUCUUUCUUUUACCCAGCUCAGGCCCAGUUAAGAGUACUCCAGGCCCAAUACUCUUUAUUUUUGUCAACCCCAGGCCUACUCAAAUUAUCUCGAUUUUUUUUUUCCUUUUUUCCUAAAAUUACAAAAACAAGUCCAAUCAGCGCAGGUUCGAUCUCGGAGCUCUUCCUCAAUUAACACAUCUUUCUUCUGCUAAACCCAUUUAAAAAAGCUUCACCGUCGCCGUGUGCUGUUUCUUCCUCACCGCCGCCGUCUCAAAUCUCAAACUCACGCCUCUCAGGUGAAAGCUAAUUCAAAAGUUCAAUCUUUUUCUCAGGUUAUAAUGGAGGUCGCUUUAGAGGAUAACAGUCUCAUGGAUAAGGUCUUGCCUCCUGAUGAGCAGGAGAUUGAUGUUGAGCUGGAGGCUAAAGAGAAGAAGUAUCUUAGAGGAGAAGGUGCUAAUCUAGAGACGUUGAAAGAUAAGAAACUAAAGACUCAGCUUGCUUCACGAGAGAAGUUGUAUGGGAAGUCUGCUAAAGCUGCUGCUAAAAUCGAGAAGUGGCUCUUGCCGGCUUCGGCAGGGUACUUGGAGACUGAUGGUUUAGAGAAGACAUGGCGGGUCAAGCAGACAGAUAUUGCCAAAGAAGUUGAUAUAUUGAGCUCAAGAAACCAAUAUGACAUUGUGCUCCCAGAUUUUGGCCCGUACAAACUCGAUUUUACUGCAAGUGGACGGCAUAUGCUAGCUGGUGGUCGCAAAGGCCACCUUGCUCUUGUAGACAUGAUGAGUAUGAACCUAAUUAAAGAAAUCCAGGUACGGGAAACAGUACGUGAUGUUGCAUUCCUGCACAAUGACCAAUUCUUUGCAGCUGCCCAGAAGAAGUAUUCAUAUAUUUAUGCGAGAGAUGGAACUGAGCUCCAUUGUUUGAAGGAACGUGGUCCAGUGGCUAGACUCAGGUUCCUAAAGAACCACUUCCUCCUCGCAUCAGUGAACAAAAUCGGUCAGCUACAUUACCAAGAUGUAACCUACGGAGACAUGGUAGCUAGUAUCCGAACAGGCAAAGGCAGAACAGAUGUAAUGGAAGUGAAUCCUUACAAUGGUGUCGUCGCCUUGGGACACUCUGGUGGAACCGUCACAAUGUGGAAACCAACCAGCCAAGCACCUCUAGUCCAAAUGCAGUGCCACCCUGGUCCAGUCUCCUCUCUCGCUUUCCACCCCAACGGCCACCUCAUGGCUACGUCAGGCAAAGAGCGCAAACUCAAGAUCUGGGAUCUGCGCAAGUUCGAGGAGGUUCAGACCAUCCACGGCUUCCACGCCAAGACGCUGAGUUUCAGCCAGAAAGGCUUGCUAGCAGCUGGAACCGGAUCGUUCGUUCAGGUUCUAGGAGAUUCAAGCGGUGACUAUAGCAGAUACAUGAGCCACUCGAUGGUGAAAGGCUACCAGAUCGAGAAGGUCAUGUUCAGACCGUACGAGGACGUUCUGGGGAUCGGUCACUCGAUGGGAUGGUCCAGCGUUCUCAUUCCAGGGUCUGGAGAGCCGAACUUCGAUUCUUGGGUGGCUAACCCGUUCGAAACGACGAAGCAGAGACGGGAGAAGGAAGUGCACUUGCUUCUUGAUAAGCUCCCGCCUGAGACGAUCAUGCUGGAUCCUUCAAAGAUCGGUGCGAUGAGACCUUCGAGGAGGAAGGAGAGGUUGACUAGAGGAGAGAUUGAAGCUGAGAAAGAGGUGGCGGUAGAAGCGGCGAAGGGGGUUGAGCUGAAGAAGAAGACUAAAGGAAGGAAUAAACCGAGUAAGAGGACUAAGAAGAAGAAAGAGUUAGUGGAGAACGCGAAGAGAACGUUCCCGGAGCAAGAGAACAGUGCUGCUGGUAAGAAGAGAAGAAUCGGUGAAGAUGCUGCGGCUGAGCUACCCGCUUGUCUGAAAAGGUUUGCCCGAAAAAACUGAAAGUGAUGUGAAACACAGACAGAAACUGAAAGUGAUGUCUUAAGAUUUUGUUUUUUUUUUCCUUUUUCUCCUAAUGUUCAUAUUAUGAGAAAAUUGACAUUAUACGAUUUAGCAAAAAAAAAAAAAAAACAUUUCUCAUAGAAUGUUUCAUGUUUCACAUGUUGAAGUAAUGAAAUAAAAAUACAAAUGACUCUUAUAAAA